AUGUCCCUCCUCUCCCUGCCUCCUCAGUCCCCGUGUCCACUAUGUCCUAUAUUCACUAACACCAAAGUCUUUCUUCUUGUGUCCCCUGUUUUGCAGCUGGACCUUCAGUGGGUGCAAGUUCUCAGUGAGGGCUGGGCCAGCCCUUUGACAGGGUUCAUGCGGGAAUCAGAAUAUUUGCAGUCCCAACAUUUCGGUUGUCUUUUAAAUGGAGGUGUCACUAACCAGUCCAUCCCCAUUGUAUUACCGGUACAUACACACGACAAAGAGAGGCUAAGUGGUAAGCAGGCGAUAGCCUUGUUCUACGAAGAUCGUGCUGUGGCCAUUCUUCGCAAACCCGAAUUCUUCAAACACAACAAAGAAGAACGCUGUUGUCGACAGUUUGGGACUUGCAACAAAGGACACCCCUACAUAAAGAUGAUCUUUGAGAGUGGAGAUUGGUUGGCUGGAGGAGAUUUGGAGGUUCUCGACCGAAUCACCUGGAAUGAUGGAUUGGACGAGUACCGUCUCACCCCCAAGGAAUUACGGGUGAAGUUCAAAGAAAUGAAAGCAGAUGCCAUUUUUGCCUUCCAACUGAGAAAUCCAAUCCACAAUGGCCACGCCCUUCUGAUGGACGACACGAAACGCAAGCUGAUUGAGAGAGGUUACCAGAAGCCUGUGUUGCUACUUCAUCCUCUAGGCGGAUGGACAAAAGAUGACGACGUCCCCUUAUCGGUCCGUAUGAAACAACACAAGGCUAUCUUAAGUGCUGGAGUAUUGGACCCUGAAUCUACGGUGCUUGCUAUAUUCCCAUCACCCAUGAUGUACGCAGGACCGACUGAGGUCCAGUGGCAUGCUAAAGCCAGAAUGUCGACAGGGACCAACUUUUAUAUAGUCGGACGUGAUCCAGCUGGAAUGCCCCAUCCGGAUACCAAACAGGACCUUUAUGAUCCAACACACGGUGGCAAGGUCCUUACUUGUGCCCCGGGCCUGAACCAACUUGAAAUCGUGCCGUUCCGGGUUGCAGCUUACAAUAUGAAACUGAAGAAAAUGGACUUUUUCGAUCCGGAGAAGAAAGAAGAUUUUGAUUUCAUAUCUGGUACUCGCAUGCGUAAAAUUGCUCGUGACGGUGAAUCACCACCCGAUGGCUUUAUGGCCCCAGAGGCAUGGGCUGUUCUCCAAGAAUAUUUCCGUUCUCAGAAGAAUAAUAGCUAACUAAUCCAAAUGGGGUAAAAAAUUAUAGUAUUAAUAAUAUAUAUAUAUAUAUAUAAAUUUAUCUAUUUAUCUAUCUGUGUUUAUGUAUAUACAUAUAUAUGUAUGUGUAUAUAUGUACAGAUAUAUAUAUAUAUAAUAUAUAUAUAUAUAUAUAUCUGUGUGUGUGUGUGUAUAGAUAGCCUAAAUUAUAAUGCAAACAGAAGUAAAAAAAAACAGUGUAAUAGAUUUACAUGCAGGAAAAAUAGAAGGAAAAGCGUUCUAUGUUUUGAGCAUAUGCUCUUCAUCAGAAAGAAUAGUUGAGGUGAGACAAAACACGGAGAAAGAAAA